AAUCAAUCUCUCUUGUCUCUGUUAAUUAAAUCAAUCUCUCUCUCUCUCUCUCUCUAGUCUUAACCAAACUGGCAACCACCAUUUUAUCAAGAUUUUCAACCAGUUCAGUCCAGUCUCCAACCCCAAAGGCACCUCUUCUCCACCCUUCAUCCAAACACAUUUUUUUGUUGAGGGAGACCGGUGUGAGUUCAAUUGAAUUGACCUCAGAUCGGAAUGGAAAUGCCUGUUGUAUCCUUCAUUGUAAACAGACUCGGAGUUUUGUUAACUGAAGAAGCUAAAUUCUUACACGGAGUAAGCGGUCAAGUUGAACAAAUUCGAGCCGAGUUAAAGCGAAUGCAAUGCUUCCUACAAGACGCAGAUUAUGCAAUACAGUCUGAUCAUCAUGUAGAUGCGAGGGUCAACAACUGGGUUGCGGAAAUCAGAAAACUUGCUUAUGAAACCGAAGACAUCCUCGAAACUUAUGUCAUCCAAGUUUCAUCCAAAAGGAACAAAAAGGGUUUCCGAAACACCCUUAAAAGAUUCGCUUGCAUCUUCAACGAAUGGCUAGACGUUCACAAGGUCGGAAGUGAGAUCGGUGCCAUUAAAAACAAGAUCACUCACCUCACCGCUAGUUUACAUACUUACGGCUUGAAAAGUAUAGGUGAAGGCAUAAGAAGUUUGGCAGUUGAGAAGCAACAAGAAUUGAGGCAAUCGUAUCAGCAUGUUGUUGAAGAGGAUUUUGUUGGGUUUGAGGAAGACUUGAACAAGGUUGUGAAACAUUUGGUGCAAGUUGAUGACUUUACUCCUAGUCGAGUUGUCUCUAUUUGCGGCAUGGGUGGUUUGGGGAAGACCACUCUAGCUAAAAAAGUAUAUCAUCACAAAGAUGUCCAGAGUCACUUUGAAGGUUUGGCAUGGGUGUGCAUAUCUCAACAGUAUAAAAGAAGAGAUAUUCUGCAAGAAAUCUUCAUCAAUCUUGUUCUAGAGAGGAAGGAAGAUGUUGUUAGGAUGACAAAUAAUGAGUUGUUUGAGCAACUUUAUAAAGUCCAGCAGAGUAAAAAAUGCUUAGUUGUACUGGAUGAUAUUUGGUCAAUAGAGGCUUGGAAGAGCUUGGAACCGGCCUUUCCAAAUGGAAACACAGGUAGCAAAAUAUUGCUAACGACUCGUAAUAAAAUAUUGCCUUCACAGAUAGAUCCAUACCCUAUCGUCCAUGAACCCCAGUGUUUAAAUGACAAGGAAAGUUGGUAUCUACUUCAAAAAAAAUCAUUACUAAGAAGAGAUGGUAAAGGUAAUAUUAAUCAGUCCACCUUGCUAUAUAUUUUGAUACGAAUUAAAUUAUUUCAAUGUUAGUUUUCAUAUCAUCUG